AUGGGUGGGCCUUACUUUGAGGACAAUUCUCACAUAUUUUUUUCUCAAGGAACGACAGAUCGUGGGAACGGUGGAAGUGAUGAGUAUAUUGAUAAAGCAUAUAGGGCUCCAAAAAAAAUACCUCCAAAGUAUGAAAAAGGAAAAGAGUCUGUACAGAAUGGGCGAAUCGAAAAAAAAAAAAAUGGCAAGCCUCGAUUUUAUAGCAAAAAACCAUUGCAGGAUGAGAAAAGAAGAAUUAUAGCGAAACAAAGUCUCGCUGCAAUAUCAUUCCAAGCAAAUGAUAAGUUGUUUAUGGAUGGUUUAGAUAUAACCCAAAGGCCUAUAACUGCGCCCGUUGUAGUUCCAGAGAAAUUGAAAAAUUGGGCUUCUACAAUUAUACAGAAUAACGGGAAGAAUGCUGUUAUAACGAAUGGCAAAAGGUCAUGGGAUGCAGAAUUUAUUGCAUCACCGAAUGGCCAUAGUCAAUAUUCUAGCGAUGAUAUAAGUACGCCUACCUCUUCACAAAAUUGGCAUUCAUAUGAUGAUAUCCCAAGCAUUGAGAAUCACCGCAGAGUACUGGAAUCUAGUUCAAAAUAUCCACAACUAUCUAUUGCCCAGCAGAUUCAGAUCGCAAAAUAUCUAGAUUCACAUGGCGAAUAUGCACCAUCGUAUAUGAUAAUUGAGAAGUUCAACCUGCAAAUAUCAGCAGCCCAUAUCCGCACGUUGACCAAUGGUGCUUGGCUUAAUGAUGAGGUCAUCAAUUUUUACGGUAAUCUCAUUAUCGAGCGAGCACAAAACAAUCCCGAUAUAUAUCCACCGGUUCAUGUUGUUAAUACAUUUUUCUAUACUAAACUAAUGCAAAGUGGAUUUGGUCACAAGGUUGUAGCGGGUUGGUUCAUACCACGACCAAAUAAAAAGAAAAAGGCACCUCCGCCAAAUAUCAUUAAUAAGGAUUAUAUGUUCAUACCUAUUAAUACGGGCGCACAUUGGACUUUAGCCGUGGUGAACUUCAGACUAUGUAGAUUCGAGUACUAUGACUCUCUUGGCUCAGGGUUUAACCCAGCUUUUAUUAUAGAACUAAAGGAAUUCUUUAUCUAUCUAGCCAAGCAAACCAAUAAUCAGCACUUCAAUUUUGCUACUUGGGAAACCUAUGAACCGAGGACGAAAACUCCGCAACAGAGGAAUUCAUAUGACUGUGGCGUGUUUGCAAUGAUGACGGCGGAACACAUAAGUCGGAAUGCACCUCUAUCAUUUACACAAUCAAAGAUGGGAUAUUUUAGAGCGAAAAUGAUAUAUGAAAUUAGCACAGGAGCUAUAAUGAAUGAAAAUGUAGAUGUUGUGGAUGAAGAUAGUUUUGAAGAAGAGGAGGAUGAAUCCGUCGAUGACGACGAAAUCUUACAAUCAUCAGCGGAAAAUUCACCAGGUGCAGAAGCCAUGCAAAUAGAUAUUGUUAAAUCAACAACAACACAUCAGGGAUCAUCU